AUGAAACCCUACUCCAUGAUCUCCAUCACUCUCUUCUCACUCCUGCUUCUCACCCUCCCCCUCCAUCUCGCCGGAGCUCUGGUGUCCGUCCGAGAAACAUGCAAGGCUGCCAAAAAGGUUGUUUCCAACAUCAACUACAAGUUCUGUGUAUCCACUCUAUGCGAAAACAGUACAUUAGCAUUCUUAGUAGCCAACGACACUCGGGUCUUCGCCAACAUCUCCGCCACCGCCGCCACCACCCACGCCCACAACGUCAUCAUCAGCAUCCAAGACCUUCUCAGAACGUCACCGGACCCAGUCACCAAGUCCGUCUUAAUGCACUGCAAUGGCUCAUACAAUUAUGUGGCAUCAUCAUGGGAUAAGGCAGUAAUAGCCAUUAAUAAAAAGAAUGAUGAUGUUGCUAAGAUUUCAUUGAGUGAAGGGAUGACUAGUGUUAUCUCUUGUGAGACUCAGUGUGGGAAUGCCGGAAAGCUUUCGCCGUUGAUUGAGAUGAAUAUUGUCUCCGCUAAGCUUGUCACCUUGACUUAUGCCAUCCUUGAAGUUGCUGAAAAGAACAAAUAUUAA